GUGGAGGUGGCUUUGGGUCCCCAGGAUUCUAGAUCGUGGUUGCAUCUGGCAAGAAAAAAGGAUCAAUCGACACGUUUUGGAAGUGUCCGUGGGUGAAUAAAAAGGAGGGGGGGUGGUGGCAAAACUGGGGUUGCGGAUGCUUAAAGGAAAAAAAAAAGGGAAGCGUCUUGAAUCCUGAAGCAAGAAUUACCGGGUGCUCGAGAUUUCAAAAAAGCGUCUAGAAACUGGUAAAUACUUUGACCAUUUCAGCUUGAAUUUGACAGCGGAAGUGUUGUGGAAACCGUCUCCUUGAAUUAUCGGAAGGGGAUUGGGGGAAGAUGAGGGGGCUUCCUCGGUGGAUGUAUCUCACUGAGGGAUAUAGACCCACAGCUAACUGGAUUUGAUUUAUAAGAGGGAAAUCUACAGUCAAUGCCUACUCUUGCCACAUUGCUACCAUGGAAAAGAGAAUGGUCAAUAGGAUAUGGUCUAAUGAAUGGUGAUAAUUGAAGAUGCUGCUUCAAUAUUUGUGAAAUCAAUGGGAAAUACUUGCUACAUGAAGAUCUUUCUGAGCUUUUCUCAACAAGCUCGCCUGUAAGAAAUCAGAGCCAUACUACCAUUAUACGGUCUUUCUCAAGUGGAUAUAAAUACAUUUGCCUCACUGUAACCAGACAACAAGACAACUAAUGUGGGACCAUGGCACUGCCCAGAUGCAUGUGGCCAAAUUAUGUUUGGAAAGCAGUGAUGGCAUGCUUGGUACACAGGGGAUUGGGUACCUCGUUGACUGUCUACAUGUUGGGAUGUUUGCUUCAGGCUGGCCAUGUGCUAUCACAAAAAUUGGAUGAUGUGGACCCAUUGGUGACUACCAACUUCGGCAAGAUAAGAGGAAUUAAGAAGGAACUCAAUAAUGAAAUUUUGGGGCCUGUUAUUCAGUUUCUUGGGGUUCCAUAUGCAGCCCCACCAACAGGAGAACAUCGUUUUCAGCCUCCAGAGCCACCUUCUCCCUGGUCAGAUAUCAGGAAUGCCACUCAAUUUGCUCCUGUGUGUCCCCAGAAUAUCAUUGAUGGCAGAUUGCCAGAAGUCAUGCUUCCUGUGUGGUUUACUAAUAACCUGGAUGUGGUUUCAUCGUAUGUACAAGACCAGAGUGAAGACUGCCUGUAUUUAAAUAUAUAUGUCCCAACCGAGGAUGAUAUUCGGGACAGUGGGGGUCCCAAACCAGUGAUGGUGUAUAUCCAUGGUGGCUCAUAUAUGGAAGGUACUGGAAAUUUAUACGAUGGGAGUGUCUUGGCAAGUUAUGGCAAUGUGAUCGUCAUCACAGUCAACUAUCGCCUUGGGGUACUUGGUUUCUUGAGUACAGGGGAUCAGGCUGCAAAAGGAAACUAUGGACUCCUUGAUCUUAUACAGGCUUUGAGAUGGACUAGUGAAAACAUUGGAUUCUUUGGUGGUGACCCCUUAAGAAUCACUGUUUUUGGAUCUGGUGCUGGGGGUUCGUGUGUCAAUCUACUGACUUUAUCCCAUUAUUCUGAAGGUAACCGUUGGAGCAAUUCAACCAAAGGACUUUUUCAACGAGCAAUAGCUCAAAGUGGAACAGCCCUUUCCAGCUGGGCUGUUAGUUUCCAACCUGCAAAAUAUGCUAGAAUGUUGGCCACAAAAGUUGGUUGCAAUGUUUCAGAUACAGUAGAGUUAGUGGAAUGCCUACAGAAGAAGCCUUACAAAGAACUUGUUGAUCAAGAUAUUCAACCAGCCCGAUACCACAUAGCCUUUGGACCUGUGAUUGAUGGUGAUGUAAUACCAGAUGACCCUCAGAUAUUGAUGGAGCAAGGAGAGUUUCUCAACUAUGAUAUAAUGUUAGGAGUGAACCAAGGGGAAGGGUUAAAAUUCGUUGAAAAUAUAGUAGAUAGUGAUGAUGGUAUAUCAGCUAGUGAUUUUGACUUUGCUGUUUCCAAUUUUGUUGAUAAUUUAUAUGGAUACCCUGAAGGCAAAGAUGUUUUGCGAGAAACCAUUAAAUUCAUGUAUACUGACUGGGCUGAUCGUCAUAACCCUGAAACCAGAAGGAAGACAUUAUUGGCUUUGUUUACGGACCAUCAGUGGGUGGCACCAGCUGUAGCUACAGCAGAUCUUCAUUCAAACUUUGGUUCUCCUACAUACUUCUAUGCCUUUUACCAUCAUUGCCAAACAGAUCAGGUUCCAGCUUGGGCUGAUGCAGCCCAUGGGGACGAGGUUCCCUAUGUACUGGGAAUCCCAAUGAUUGGCCCUACAGAGUUGUUUCCUUGCAAUUUCUCCAAAAAUGAUGUGAUGCUGAGUGCAGUUGUAAUGACAUACUGGACAAAUUUUGCUAAAACUGGUGACCCAAAUCAGCCAGUCCCUCAAGACACAAAAUUCAUCCAUACCAAACCCAACCGCUUCGAAGAAGUAGCCUGGACCAGAUAUUCCCAGAAAGACCAACUUUAUCUUCAUAUUGGAUUAAAACCAAGAGUUAAAGAACAUUACAGAGCCAAUAAGGUGAACCUCUGGUUGGAGCUGGUACCUCACCUGCAUAAUCUCAAUGACAUUUCUCAGUAUACCUCGACAACAACUAAAGUGCCAUCAACUGACAUCACUUUCAGACCUACAAGAAAAAAUUCUGUACCUGUCACAUCAGCCUUUCCCACUGCCAAGCAGGAUGAUCCCAAACAACAACCGAGUCCAUUUUCAGUGGAUCAAAGAGACUACUCAACAGAGUUGAGUGUCACUAUUGCAGUUGGGGCAUCACUGCUGUUUCUGAACAUCUUGGCCUUUGCAGCCCUGUAUUACAAAAAGGAUAAGAGGAGACAUGAUGUCCACAGGAGAUGCAGCCCUCAGCGCACUACUACCAAUGAUCUGACCCAUGCACAAGAAGAGGAAAUCAUGUCCCUCCAAAUGAAGCACACUGAUUUGGAUCAUGAAUGUGAGUCCAUCCAUCCACAUGAGGUGGUUCUUCGGACCGCCUGCCCCCCAGAUUACACACUAGCUAUGAGGAGGUCACCUGAUGAUGUUCCCUUAAUGACACCCAACACCAUUACAAUGAUUCCCAACACUAUCCCAGGGAUUCAGCCCUUACACACAUUCAAUACAUUUACUGGAGGACAGAACAAUACUCUGCCCCAUCCCCAUCCCCACCCCCAUUCACAUUCAACAACCAGGGUAUAGCCAGAUAAGAGAAACAAACUAUUUUUUUGAUGGAUUGCAGUAACAUUACUGAAGAUUCCUUGGCUUUCAACCUACAAGACUCUUGCUAUUUAAAUGAGGAAUAUUAUGUGAAUAUACAUAUCAAGAACUUUGGGGGUUUUGAAAAAAUGAGUAUUGUAUAUAUAAACAAAUCAACUUUAAGAACAAAUUUCAAUUGCUUUGAGCAAUUGUUCUGAAUGAUACUUUUUCAUUCACAUCCAUGGAUUAAUUUUUUGAAGAUUUAAGUUACAUAAUGGAAUUAGGCAUGUGGAACACCAAACAGGAAAGAACUAUGUCUAAAUA